UGUUCACACUGUCAAACAGCUUGGUUAUCCUGUUAUACUGUACAAACAAUGAGACUACUGCCAGUUAUAUAGGUGAGAAAGCUUUUGCAGACUCAUCAGAGAACGCAGGUGAAUGCUACUUGUCUUCUGAAAUAUAUCACGGAACAUGUGUACAGCACGGAUUUGUAAGCAUUAUACUCUGUGAUGGUAUCCUCCAGCUAGCUCCUGCACCUUAGCUAUCUGAAGCCAGAGACUUUCAGCUGCUCCACCUCUGACAUAAGCGACACUAGCGUCACAGAAGACAGAAUGACAAAGUGGAUAAUUCUCACAGUUAUCUGUUUGGUUGCCUUAAUAUGGGUCCCAAUUAAACAUGUUUCUGCAGACAAGAAAGAGUUUAACAUGCAUAUUGUCAGAUGUCAUGCAAGUGAGCUAAUAUACAAAAUCUCAGACUGUUCCUUUGGCCCAAAUACAGAAGAACUAGAUUUAUCAAAUAACAAAAUCCAAGGAAUAUGUAAAGAUGACUUUAGAGGUCUAAAAAAUUUGAAGAAACUAGAACUUCAGUUUAAUCAAAUUGAAAUGAUAGAUGAUGGUGCUUUUCAAGAUCUUAUUCAAUUGAAAUAUCUUGAUAUUUCAAAUAACAAAUUGUUUAACCUUUCUGUUUUGCCACUCAGCUCAACAUUGUCUCUAAAAUACCUGGAUGUUACCAAUAAUCCAUACCAAGACAUUUACCUUGGGGUACAGUUUAGUAGGCUGACUCAGCUAAGGACUUUAAAGUUUGGAAAUCAGAAUAUUAUCUCCUUGAGGACAAAUGAUCUACAAGCAAUCCAUGGACUAGUCCUCAAACAUGUUUCUGUUACAACAGGAGACCUACAAAGUUAUGAAUCUUCAGCUUUAAAAGUAUUUAAUAAUCUAGAAACCCUUACUUUAGAAUUAAACAUCAGGGAAAAUGUGCAAAUCCUACCUACCUUGUUAGAAGAUGCCUCAAAUGCAUCAAGAGGACUGCAGAUGAUAAAUGUUAAUUUUACUAGUGAAGGAAUUACGUCUACUUUAUUCUCCCCCUUAAUAAAUUCAACGCUUACUAGCCUUGCUUUCCAGAAUAUCUUUAUAAAUGAUGUAUCUGUAAUAUCAUUAUAUGAUGCUGUUUUUCACUCCAUUAUAGAAGAACUUGUUAUAGAUACAGUAAAAUUUAAGAGCAUUGGAUCCUGGGUCACACAGGUAUCACCAGUUUAUGACAUAAAAUUAAAGAAGCUUUUUAUAGGGAAUAUAGACAACCCCAACUUCUAUGGGUUUUACUCAUUAGAGUACAUUGUUGAACUUUUCAUUCAACUGGCUGAGUUAUCCUUAGUGAAAACAAGUUUGUUCUACUUGCCAUGCAAAAUAUCAGAAACAAUGGUUAACUUAGUAUAUGCAAAUUUUGCAAAUAACCUUCUUACAGAAUAUACUGUGUUUCCAGACUGUGAAAAUCCAUUUCCUUCACUUCAGAAAUUAAUUUUAAAUAACAACAAGUUUACUGACAUACAGUCUCUCAGUUACCUCACAUAUCACAUGAAAAACCUAAGCUUUUUGAGUGCAGAUUUUAACGCUAUUACCGUAACUGCAAGACUUGACUGUAAAUGGACUAAAAGUUUAAAUAAUCUGGUCUUGAGGUACAAUAACCUUUCCAAUAAUAUAUUUGACUGCCUUCCAGAUUCACUGGAAAACUUAGACCUUAGCCAUAAUAAUAUCACUGUAUUAUAUAACCUUGACAAGCUAAAAUCCUUGAAAGAGCUUUACUUGACUGGAAAUCAAAUAAUCUCUUUCCCAUCACCUCAGAUGGUGCCUUCUUUAAAAGUUCUUUAUAUUGACAAUAACAAAGUAAGUAAUAUUGACAUAAACCAGUUUAAAAAUUUUAUGCUCAUUGAACUAAAAGCUGGGAAUAAUCCAUUCAUUUGUCAUUGUGAAACAAGUACCUUAUCUGAUUUGCUUAGCAAUUCUACGACUGCAAUUUUAGACUGGCCUGAUGAAUUUAUAUGCCAAUCACCACAAGACGUAAAAGGCAAACAGUUCAGUUCUUUAUAUUUUUCUCUUUUGCAGUGUAAACCUGGUCUAGUUAUUGGCAUCAUUGUAGCCUGUGUUGUCAUGGCAAUAAUUAUCAUAGUGUUGCUUUUUAUUAAGUUUAAUGGGCCAUGGUAUGUACGUACAUUGUGCCUCUGGCUAAGAGCCAAAAGAAGUAAUGACAUCGAUCUUGUCCAAAGAAGUUUAGAGUACCAUGCUUUCAUAUCGUAUAGUGAGCAUGAUUCAUCAUGGGUUAAAGAAAACCUAGUACCGCAGCUAGAAAACAAUGAUCCUCCAUACCAGGUCUGUAUUCACGACAGAGACUUCAAACCUGGAAAAACAAUUAUUGCAAACAUCAUUGACUGCAUCUCAAAGAGUUACAAGACAAUUUUUGUUCUGUCACAAAAUUUUGUGCAAAGUGAAUGGUGCCACUACGAAUUCUUCUUCGCCCAUCAUCAACUUUUUGAUGAAAAGAAAGAUUCUCUUAUCCUUUUGCUGCUGGAGCCAAUUCCCGCCAACUCCAUACCAGACAGGUUUUGUAAGCUACGGAAACUGAUGAACAAGAAUACAUACUUGGAAUGGCCGCAUGACACAGGGUGCCAGUCUGUCUUCUGGAAACGAUUAAAAGCUAUUCUGGAUAUAGAAUUCAAACCAAACAGUAUGCCAGAACACAACCCAGAAGUAUAAGUGAUUAGUAAAAAAAUGAAAACAGGACACAUUGGAUACAUUAGUUACCAGGAUUACCUCAAUACAAACAUAACAAGUCUUGUCUGGUUUCAUACUAUCACACUCCCUAUUUUAUUUAAUGCAGUGCAUAAAAUUGUGCUUUACAGGCACAUUAUAUAAACUGGUACUCCUACAUCCCUUACAUCAUUAACAUUUUAAGAUGGUGUUGUUCCUAUGAUUAUUUAUUACUAUUUAUUGAUUAGAAAAAUAUAUCUAAAUAUACAUGUAUGUACAUAG